UCAUCAUCACCAUCAUCAUCAUCAUCAAAAUAAUUCCAACUCACAACAUAAUCAUAAUCAUCGUUCAUCGAAUCAUCGAAUAAUGACGAAUUCGUUGAUUAGUACGAACAAUAGCAACAAUCAUAACAAUACGGUAGUGGCCGCCAAUAAUAAUAAUAUUGGUUCGACGACGACAAAUAAUUGCCAAUUAUUGAUGCCGAUGGGAUCCAAUUGUGCUGCAUGCCAUAAACCAAUACGUGAACGUUUCCUUCUCAAAGCACUCGAUCAAUUAUGGCAUGAAGAUUGUCUCAAAUGUUCCUGUUGUGAUUGUCGUCUUGGUGAAGUUGGUUCAACAUUAUUCACAAAAGCUAAUCUAAUAUUGUGCAAACGUGAUUACCUGAGAUUAUUUGGAGCGACAGGAAUGUGUUCAGCAUGUAACAAAAUUAUACCAGCAUUCGAAAUGGUCAUGAGAGUCCAUGGUGAUCGAGUUUAUCAUCUUGAAUGUUUUCAAUGUAGCCAAUGCAAUCAUCGAUUCUGUAUUGGAGAUCGUUUUCAUCUUUAUGAUAAUCGUAUACUUUGUGAAUAUGAUUUCGAAGAAAUGCUAGUGUUUGGUGGCGGUAAUAAUGGCAAUGCAACGGCCACUAGCAAUAGCAAUAAAAUAUCCAUAAAUAAUAAUCAUAUAGAUAAAUUGGUUAAACAAACGGAAUCAACAUUGGCAUCAUUUUCAUCAUCAUCAUCGUCAACCGCAGGUUCAGUAGUAUCAACUUCGGGUCCAGUAGCUAUUGCCGGAACAUCGACAACACAAUCAAAUCAAACAGCACAAGUAGCAGCUCAACAAGCGAUUAAUCCAUCUUCAAAUCAUGCUGAUGAUGGUUCCAGUGGUUAUGGAAGUCCUGAUUCUUUACUCAGUGAUGGAAGAUGAAUGGAUGAAUUUUUCUUUUGAUAAUAAAAACCCAAAUUGAAAUUAUCCAUAGAUCUUUUAUCUGUUGAAUGUUAUGAAAAAAAAAUAUCCUGCAAUUGA